AAAUGACAAGUUGCCGUACAUGUGCACCCUCUCUGUUCUAUAAUUUUUAUUUAAUAAUAAAGAGUUUAAAAAAAAUUAUUAACAAGAUAAUACAAAGGUUAUGUUGACAACAAAUAAUCCAUAAUAUAAAAAUAAAUAAAAACAUUAUUAAAUAAUUAAAAGUAAAAAAAAAAAUUAAGUUCAACAAUGAGUUCCAUAAACAAAGAAUUAUUUGACGAUAUGCGGGAAAAAUAUUUAAAAGUUCGUAAAUUUUUAGAUGAGCCUCAAAAUCCAUCACAUCCUGAGGAUAUUGCAAAUACAGAAUCAAAAAAUAAAGCAACAAAUAUCCUCAAAGAAAUGAUAGUAACACUUGAAAAUAUACGUAACAGUACAGAUUAUAAUAUUAAAAUAAUAUCAAUGUUGUCAAUUGUUUAUCUAAAUAUUGGAAUAAUUUGUAUUGAUAAUGAAGAAUUAAAAGAAGCUGAAGAAAAUUUAACAAGAUGCAUUGAAAUAUUAAAAGAUCAUGAAUUAGAAGCAGAAUCAAUAUUACCAACUUUAAGUGCAUUUAAUCAAUUAUUUAUUAUUUGGUUUCAAUGGGGUGAAUUUGAAAAAGCUAAAAUAUUUAUUGAUAAAUCAAGUGAUAUUUAUAAAAAUUAUAAAAAUCAACAAAUUGAUAAUAAAAAACCAAUUGGUAUGUCAGAAUUAUUUGGCAUUGAUAAUACUGAUGAACCAACUCCAAUUCAAGUUUUAGAAAAACUUCAUACACUUACAUUAUUUUAUUUAGCUCAAAUAAGUGGUGUCAAUAAGGAUCAUCAAAAAUCAGCAUUAUAUUGUCAUAUGACAUUAAAAAGACAACUUGAAACAUCUGAUUUAGACCACAUAGAUUGGUCAUUAAAUGCAGCAACACUAUCACAAUUUUUAAUGGAAAGAAAACACUUUACUCAGGCACUACAUCAUUUAGCAGCAUCAUCACAUAUUUUAAAUAUAUACAAAGAUAAAUUAAAUCAAGAAAAUGAUGAUUCUGAUGAAAUUAAAGGAGCUAAAUUGGAACAAUUUCAACAUCGAAGUGCUGAUGUAUCACGUUGUUGGGCAAAAUAUGGUAUUUUAUUGAUGAAUAUGUCAAGAGAUAGACUCAUUGAAGCAACUGAAAAUAUGGAUGAUGAAAAAACAGAUGAUGAUGAUACUGAUAAAACACAAGAUAUACCACAAGAAACAUUAAAUGAAAUGAAAUUUGAUAAAUUUGAUAAAGAAAUAAAUGAUAUAUCAUUACAAAUAACUGAUAAAUAUUUAUUAGAUUUUAAUGAUGCUAAAAAAGUAUUUUUAAAUGUACAAAAAUGGCUUGAUGAAGCUAAAAAAUAUUAUGCAUUGGAGACACAUGCAUCUGAUUAUAUUGCAAUAAUACAAGAUAUUUCACAAUCAUAUAAAUAUCUUGCAUUUUUUGAGAAUGAUGAUGAUAAUCGUGCUAAAAUGCAUAAACGUAGAAUUGAUGUACUUGAAGAUGCUGUUAAAGAAUUAAAUCCAAAAUAUUAUCAAUCAAUAUGUCGUCAAGUAUGGAUUGAACUUGGUGAAAUUCAUACAGCAAUAUUAGAUAUUAAAUUGGAUAAAUUAAAAACAAGUGAUGAAAGACCAACAAAUCAUGCAAUUAAAAAAAUUAAUCAUUUAUCAAUAUCUGGUAUUAAAUAUUAUCAAAUGUUUUUAGAUUCAUUAAAAGAAACAGAAUCAUCUGAACCAGUUAAAGAAUUUACUGAUGAUAUUGUACGUCCUGCAUUAUUUUCAUAUUUUCAUAUUGGUACAUUAUCAAAUAAAAUUAUAACAACUGAUAAAAAUAUACAAAUUGAUAAUUUAAAAAAUAGUAUUGAUGCUUAUAAAUUUUUAGUUGAUUAUUGUGAAAGACAUGCUGAUGCUGCUGAAUUUAUGAAAGCUGAAUUAAGUGUUUGUAAAGAUCUUGCUAAUCUUUUAUCAUUAAAAAUGACAAAACUCAAAUUAACAGCAUAAUUUUAAAUAAAUAUUCAUAAAAUUAUUAUAGUAUUUUUAUUUUUUAUUUAUUGAUUAUGAUAAAGUGUUUUUUUUUUUUUAUUUUAAAUAUUUUUACUUUACAAUAUCAUGUAUGAAAUUUGAAUGAAAAAUGUUUAAAAUAAAUGGAAUAAAAAAAUGACAAAAACAAAGAAAAAAAAAAAAAAAAAA